UACUCACUCCGUCUCCAACUUUGAGAGGAAGUUACCACCUCUUCCCCAGACUCUGCACACACUCACGCACACACACGCUCAGGCAGACACACACGCUCUUCAGGACUUGACCACAGCAGCAACAGGGAAUCAACAGAAAUAGUCAGGGCUGCUUGUAAUGCUUUGUUUUUUUCAAAAUUUGGAGGGAAAGAAGGCUGAAAGUGAGGCAGUUUGGUUUAAGCUUUCUGUGUGGACUGAAGCAUUUUAGAGGAACAUUUCUUGUCAUCACAGACUGCCUGAGGACCAAAGAUCACAGGCCCCGAUCCAACAGCAAGGGAGAGAAAGAGAGAGCAUUUUGCAUCCAUUCUGCAACUUCUCAUUAAACGAUGAACUGGGACUGAGACAGUGCUCCAAAGUUUUUUUUUUGUGGUGUACAGAAAACAAAGUCAAGAUCACCAUGGACGUGAAAAAAAAAGAAAUGGACCUCCUGAGCAACAGCAUAGCUGCAUAUGCACACAUCAAAGCAAACCCAGAGAGCUUUGGCCUUUACUUUGUGCUUGGAGUUUGUUUCGGCCUGGUGCUGACACUCUGCCUCUUGGUCAUUCGCAUCUCCUGCAAGACGAGGACCAACAUCGUCCCCUCCACACCUGAGAAAAAACAAUUAAAGGACAACAGUGAGGAUGACGAGGAGAGCGAGGAUGACGAAGAAGAAGAUGGGGACGAUGUAGAUGCAACUGUCCCUGUGUCAAGCACAGAAGUUGCUGUUGGUAAUCAUACCAGCCAAUCAGAUGGGACACUUAGUGUGAAUGUGUUUACUUCAGCUGAGGAGCUGGAACGGGCACAGCGACUGGAGGAGAGGGAGCGCAUCAUACGUGAGAUCUGGAGGAAUGGCCAGCCUGAUAUCCUGGGGUCGGGAACAGGGACUAUUGGACGAGUGCAUUACUACUAAGAAACAUGAGGCUUCAAGGGAAACACUGUGAGCUCUGUGAAGGACUGACAUAGACCUUUGGGUGGGCCUGAUGUCCCUGAAGCCUGUGAGACUUGAAAUCCUGUGUUAGAUACAAUGCAACAUCAAGGAAAUAAGACCAUGGAAGAACAGUGAUUUGCCAAUAACUGACACUGACCGAGGUGAACUAUGUGAUAUUGCACUUCCUAUGUAGCAAUGUUAUUUUUCAAAGUGAAAUUAAACCAAUAGGUGUCUAAAAGAAUGAUUAAUCUGUAUGGAAAAGAUGCAAUAUGAAUGUGGGUGCUGAUGGACACUUGAAGUAAUCUGUUUAAAAUGUAUGGCGCUUGAUGACAAAAAUGCACACAACAACUAGGUUUAUACAUGUAAUGAAAGUGUAUGAACUGUAUGCUGCAAUGAAGAUUAUUUGUUAGCAGUGACGACAAUUCUCCACUAGACUGGUGGGUUUGUGGGGAAAACUCAAAACAGCUCUUAAAAUUCCUCCAAGAAAACACUCUCAUGAAUACUGUCAAAGAAAAUUACAUUGUUUAAACAAGCAUAUCAAUCAAUUUUAGGGUUCAGAUUCCACAGACAGUGUAAUGUAAAGACAAUUAAAAUUGGAGUCUUCAAUUUAAGAGUAUGUUCAUUAACCGGCUGUGUUUUCAGGGAUAAUUCCACCAAAGGAAAUGGCAGAAUUAAAGUAUUAAGCUGAAAUAAUUAACUGUUGUUUCUCUUCAUAGUGCUCAGAUAACAAAACAAAAAAUAUACAACAGAGCUCAUUCUCUGUGUAGCUAUGGGCCAUGGAUUUAUAAGAUAAAGAGAGAGGGCCUACAUUAGCAACAUUUCCAGAUUAAUGAAAAAGGUCAUUCUUCUUUGUCAUUUAUUUCUGCUCAAUAACGUAUGUGCCUUAAAAGUUUUGCAAUUUUAAAUAAUCUUUCUGGGAACUUUAAAACAGCCCCAUUUGACAAUGUUUUUUUGAGGAUCUGGUGGAGUCAGACAUAUGGUUGUAAAAGGAUCAAAGAUGUUCCGAUACCAAAGAGAAUGGGACUUGAACCUGGACCUGAAAUUUAUUUCCUUUCCUUUUUGAACGGAAAAACUUGAAAAUGGAGGAAAGUCUGAAAGCUAGUAGCCUACAGGCAGACGAAUCAGGUGUUACAGGUGUGACACCAAAAUCUGUGACCUAUCAGAUUCUGUGACUACACCCAAACGACGAUUAUUUCCUAACCAUAACCAUGUACUUUUGGUGCCUAAACCCAUCCAAACCCCGCUUCACAUCGUCAACAAAGCCUCUGGUGCUUUCCAUUUGGGUCACACAAUCUGAUAGGUUACACAUUUUGGUGUCACACCUGUAACACCUGCUGUAACAUGGUCUAUAUCAAGCGCACCCUUUGUAUAAAGGCGGUCCAUUUAACCUGUCAACACCUGCUCACUCGUUUACUGCAUACUGCCGCUCCUGUAGCCCAAUUCAGUUACGUUAGGUUUUAUCGAUAAAAAUAAAAUGCGUAUAUUUGCGUAGCUAGCCCCCGGCGCUGGUCAUACAGCUGUACACGCACAGCACACUUCAAGCAGGAAGCCUUGCGUUUUCUUUCACUUGCUGACAACUUCGGAUCGCCGCAGCACCUCAAUGCUUCCCUUCAACAACCAACAACUGAUUGAUUGAUUGCCAUAACAUUUUGUACAUUCAUGUUAAAUGUGUAAUGCUGCAGACUUUGGUGUUCCCCAGACGUUCUGUCCUGUGCCACCAUGAGGUUGACAUUUUUGCUUUUUAGUGAAAUAUCUUGACAUCCAGUGGGUUGCCACUUAGUAACUUACAGAUUCCCAGAAAAUACAUUUGAAUGACUUUUCAUCUGGCACCAAAUAAAUUCUUCACUUAUCCACUAAAAUAUCUCAAGAUCAAGCCUACUAGAUGGAUUGGCACAGACAUUUCCGUUUCCCAGAGGAUGUAUCGCAGUGACUCCAGCGACCCCCCUGAGUUUUCCUAACUUUUAGACUGUGGCUCUCAGACAAUGUAUCCUAAAUAUGUUUUAAUUUUUAGGUCUAAGUGAAAUGUCUUGAAAGAUAUUGGAUGAAUUUCCUUAAAAUGUGGCACAUAUAUUCACGUUCCCCACAGAAUAAAAUGCGGUAACUUUAGUGAGCCCCUGACUUUUAAUCUAAUGCCGCCAUCGUGUCACAAUUUAGUUUUUUCAAAUACUCUAGUUUGAAUAUCUGCAAAACUACAGUCCCAUCAGCCUCAGCUGUACUUUGAGUUUUGUGCUAAAUGGCAAAUGUUAGCAUACAUUCUACUCUAAGAUAGAUGAACAUAGUAAAUAUUGCAAAACAUCAGGAUAAACUUUGACAUUGUGAGGGUGUUUGGUUGCUAACAUUAGCAUUUAGCUCAAAGCACUGUUCAAAGUAUAGAGUGACUAGCAUUACUAUUAACUUUAAGCCACGUCAAGGUGUCUCUCUGUUGACCCUGCUAUCUCUUUGGCAUGUCUUGGAGUAUGUUCUGCUACUAAUUUAUGAUCUCAUGAUGUUAUUUGUCAGCUGACUGUAUUUGCUCAUGCUAUUCAUUCUGUAUGUUGGCUGCUAAUUUCUUUUCGUACACUGCUAAAAUUAGUUGGCUGUUCAUUUCUGCUCUUAUGCUUUUCAUAAGUGUGCUGGUUGCCAAUUUGUGCUCUUAUGCUGUGGAUUACUAUGUGUAUUAUUUGCAUUGGUAGUAAGUGUGAAUAACAGAAAUUCUUCCCUGUUGCUGCUGAGCUAAUUUUUCCGUUUGGCAUGUGCAUUACGAUGUUUUGAUUCUUUUUACUGGGACCUAAUUGGUUUUGUGCCAUAUUUCCCUCUGUGUUGUUGACAUUGUUUUGCAUUUGGGCUUCUGGCAUAUAAACAAGACUGUUGUUCUGCACACAGUUAAAGAAAUGAUUCAAAUGGCUUUAUGUCACAGCUUGCUUUACUGUUCUUCUUCUGUACUACUGCUUCUACAGUUACGUCUACACUCAGCUGCCAUCAUUGCACUGAUGGCAUUCUGCUGCUUAUCACUGCUACAUGGCAUUAUAUAAAAGCCAUCUCUGUUUGCCCUGAUUGGAGGUGCUAUGUUUAGGAAUGGUCACACGAGAACCAGUCCCGACCCACGCAAAGCCUGUGCUCACUAGAUAGUAUAUUUCCUCCGUUGUCUGUGGUGCUUUGCAGGAGAAUGACCCACACAUAGUAGAUUCCACAUAAUAGCUAGUGUAAGCCUCUGUAUUUAAUGUGGUGUAUUCACAUAAUAAAUCUGUUCCUCAUGAGUUGGCUGAAUGAAAUAUUGUUUGGUUGCCAAUAAAGACUUACAGAACAUUGAA